UCCGUUGGAGUGUAGAGACGCGCUCAGGCAAUGCCGCGGUGCGGAUCUUCUAUUUAAAAGCUCUGCGACAGCCGGCAUUUUCCGAUCCCACUCGAUCGAAGAAGUAGAGUGAACUGCGAAGGGGGGGCGAUGAGCGGGGCACGGCUGUGCGCGGUGCUGGCCGAGCUGGGCUUCGGCGGCCACGAAUCCUUGGAUCCGGAUAGCUUCGAGUGGCCCUUCCAGCACGAUGAUGUCCGCCCUCUUCUUGACUGGUUCUGCUCCAGUCUCCGGCCUUCCAAUGUUCUCUCCCCAUCCGAGCUCUCCCAGUAUGAGCAAUUUGUGCAUGAGGGGAAGCUACUAGAGGGUGAGGACUUGGAUUCUGCUUUCGAUAGCAUUUCUGCAUUUUCUAACAGAAGAGAUAAUCAAGAAGCAGUAUUUGGGACUGAAGAACGACUAAUUGAUAUCAGGGAGGCAAAACUUGCUUACAAAGCAGAGGUUCUAGAAUUGCAAAAGCAGCUUGCGCGGCAGCAAUCUCAGUUUGAUCUUCUAGCAAGUCAAGUUUCUGCUAUGAUACAGGGCAGAAGGUCUAGGAUUGCCACAACCUCUGCUGUCAAUGGACAGCUUAUUGCUUUAGAUGAAAAGCUUUCUGCCAGAAAUUUAGAGAUGAAUGCAGUUCUUGGAAAAAUUACUUCUACUACACAAGAGUUAGCUCACUAUCAUUCUGGGGAUGAGGAUGGUGUUUACUUGGCGUAUUCUGAUUUCCAUUCUUAUUCAGUCAGAGAUCUAGCUUGCACCAAGGAACUGAACCAGUGGUUUUCAAAACAGUUUGAGAAGGGGCCGCUGCAUCUUGUUGCAGAGGAGGGUAAGUCUAAAUGUUCAUGGGUGAGCGUUGAUGACAUCACUAAUUGCUUGAUGCGAGGAGAUUCUGAGAAAUAUCAUCAUCAUCGUGUGGCUGAACUGCAACGUCUUCGGUCCAUAUUUGCAACAAGUGAAAGGCAAUGGAUAGAAGCCCAAGUUGAUAAUGCUAAGCAGCAAGCCAUUCUCUCAAUGGUCAAAUCACAAAUAUCAUCUGAUGAGGCUCAUAUUCACAGAGAUAUACAGUCUCUCAGGAGAAAAAAUUCUGAGUUGUCGGUUGAACUUGCAAACCUUUCUCGUAAAGAGCAAAAGUUUUUGACUGAGUCGAUUCCCCGCUUGUGCUCAGAGCUUGCUCAGCUCCAAGACACAUAUAUCUUACAGGGGGAUUAUGAUUUAAAAGUGAUGCGCCAGGAAUAUUACAUUGGCCAGCAAAAAAUGUUCAUACACCAUCUUGUCAAUCAGCUUGCUAGACACCAAUUUCUGAAAGUAGCUUGCCAACUGGAGCAAAAGGCUAUGCUUGGUGCAUAUUCCAUGCUUAAGGUUAUCGAAUCAGAGUUACAAGGUUAUCUAUCAGCAGCCAAUGGUCGUGUGGGUCAUUGCCUAUCUUUAAUACAAGCUGCUUCAGAUGUACAAGAGCAAGGGGCUGUUGAUGAUCGAGAUACAUUUCUGCACGGUGUUCGGGACCUUCUAAGCAUUCAUUCAAAUGUUCAAGCUGUACUACCGACUUAUGUGUCAGCUCAAGGUAUAAUCCAGCAGAUAUCAGGACUUCAGUCCGAGUUGCUUUCCCUACAGUUUGAGCUUGACAAUUCCCUUCCAGAGGACCGCAGAAGAUGCAUUAAUGAGCUAUGCACAUUAAUUCAGAAUUUGGAGCAGCUUCUUUUUGCAUCUUCAACUAUCGCAGAUCCACUAUUGACUCCAAGGGUUUUUUUCUUGGAUUGUUGUAUCAAAUCUUUUAUUUUUUCAUUCCCAGCCCUUUUGCGUGCACUUGAUGAAAUGGAGAAAGUUAAUUCACAACUCUCUGCGUCUGUUGAGGAAGUAACUGAUGUACACCGUCAGAAGGCUGAGAUUGUAAAGCAUCACCCUCAUGAAGUUGGGCGGGAGCGGCAAGUAUUUGUCGAUUUCUUCUGCAACCCUGAUAGGCUAAGGAAUCAAGUUAGAGAACUCACUGCCCGAGUCAAAGCGCUGCAUGAAUAGGGCUUCAUAGGCAGAAGGCGUUUUCUUUCAUUUUGAGUGUUCUGAAUUUUACAGCAGGCCUUGAGCUGGCAGGCUAUUAUGAUGAUAAUCCUGAUAGCAACA